GGGGAAUCUUGGGCCCGGCUUCUAAUAAUAUACCGAAGUCUGAACCCUUUCCAAGGCGGCUGCUCUUCACUCAGCGUCCAUCUACCUCAUUAACCUGCCGGGAUGAAGGGAGGGGUCCUGCACUGCCGCUGCUCGAAAUGUUUUACCGGUCCUCCCAAACGCCGGUUAAAGAGACGCCCGCGUCUCCUGACCUUGCUGAGCCUUCCGGAAGACGUGCUGCUUUAUAUCCUAGAGUGCCUUCCUGCUGGGGACAUCUUAUCCAUACGAGACGUCCAUCCGCAACUAAGGUUCCUGGUGGACACGCACAGCAGCGUGUGGGCCCGUGCUUGCUUCCAAGAUUUGUGGCCUUCUCCUGAAAACUUGCAUCUAUUUGAAAGGGCGGCAGAAUGCGGGAACUUUGAAGCUUGCGUCAAGCUGGGAAUUGCAUAUUUGUACAACGAAGGCUUGUCCGUGUCGGAUGACGGCCGGGCGGAAGUGAACGGCUUAAAGGCUUCUCAUUUCUUCCGACUGACGGAGCGGCUGAACAGCGGUGCGGACCCCUUUGUGUGGCUGUUCAUCCGGCCCCCCUGGUCGUCCACUGGAAGCUGCUGCAAAGCUGUGGUGUUUGAUAGUCUUAAGGAGGAAUGUGCGGCUCUGACGGAAACCAGGCUGAAGGGGGCUCUCAGGGGUUCAAUCCAGUUCUGUUUGGCAAAGGUUCUCAGUUUAUUUGAGGAUGAGGAACGGAAGAACGAAGCCUUGGGACUGCUUGAAGCUUCUGCGUCUCAGGGCUGCCUUCACAGCUCCUACCUCCUAUGGGAAGCCAACCAAAGAACAGCCUUAUCUGAUCCCGGUAGAUAUCUACAGAGCCUCCGGCAGCUUCGAGAUUUCGCAACACGGGGUUGCUGGGAUGCACAGAUCGCGCUGGCAAAGUCCAGUUGGCAAAGGAACCAAUCCGGUCAAGAUCAUCAGGCAGCUUCGGAAAUGGUGUCUCAGGUCUUCCAGUCCUCCCUCCCCAUCAACAAGGCUGGGAUUUUCACGAAGCAAAAAGGCAUGAACGACACCAUGCGGUACAUCCUCAUCGACUGGCUGGUGGAAGUGGCCACAAUGAAGGACUUCUCCAGCCUCUGCCUGCACAUGACUGUGGGUCUGGUAGAUCGGUACCUGAAGCUCCGCUGUGUCCCGCGGGCCAAACUCCAGCUGGUCGGCAUCGCCUGCAUGGUUAUUUGCACACGCUUUAUUAGUAAAGAGAUUCUGACAAUCCGAGAAGCCGUCUGGUUAACGGACAACACCUAUAAAUAUGAAGAUUUAGUUCGAAUGAUGGGAGAGAUCAUCUCUGCUCUGGAAGGAAAGAUCAGGAUCCCGACCGUGGUGGAUUACAAGGAUGUCCUCGCUCACAUCGCCCCCCUGGAUAGGAGCACUUCGCACCUUUGCAGCUACAUCUCGGAGCUGUCCCUGCUGUAUACCGAGCUGUCUGUGUAUUCUCCGGCUCAGCUUGCGGCAGGCGCUCUCCUUCUUGCAAGGAUUCUGCACAAACAAGCACUUCCCUGGCCGGCUCAGCUGGCUGAGAGUACAGGUUUCACCUUGGAGCACCUUACCCCGUGUGUGCUGCUUCUCCACAAGAAAUGCUUCCAUGAUGAUGCACCCAAAGAUCACCGGCAGGUGUCUUUGACCGCGGUGAAGCAACGCUUCCAGGAUGAACUCUACGACCAGAUCAGCAAAGAGAAGGUGAUGGACCAUAACCAGCUGUGUGCGCUGCUCGGAGUCCCUCUGCAGGACGCAGAAUCCCCCGUGUCUCCUCUCAGCGCCGCCGACAUGCAUCCAUUCCUGUGCUCGCCUUCUGGAAACAAAACCAAGAGACGCAGAGAGGAUGGCCUACAGGAAGACCGGGGCAGCUUUGUGACCACGCCCACUGCUGAGCUGUCCAAUCAAGAGGAAGCCUUGCUUGGGAACUUCCUGGACUGGAGUCUCGAUUCGUCGUCCUCGGGCUAUGAAGGAGACCGGGAAAGCGAGGGGGAGCGGGAAGGAGACGUCACGGCACCCAGUGGAGUAUUGGACGUCUCUUUCGUUAAGACUGAACACCAGCACUGUCUGGACUCCAGCGACGAGGACAUCCCUGCCAUUCUUCAUCCAGUCCCGUUCCUGUCGAAGUCCGAUCCCAAAGCUCACCCUUCCAAACUGUGCGCGGAAAACAGCUCCGGAUACUCGUCCGUGAGCAAUGCGGGCAGUCCUACCUCUUCUCCCAUCGGUCUUCCUUUUACUCCGACCCCUGGACAUUCUCUUGGGAAAGUGGCCCCCAUUCCGUAUCCGCAGCCACCCCACUAUAAGACUGGUCGCAGGCAGGUGAAGCGAAAAAACCAAGCACAGCACAGUGAAGAAAAUCUCACUGAUCCCAUGUAAAGACCCCCCCCGCUCCUGUUCUAUUCUUUUGUAAAGAGAAAUAUAUAUUUUUGUCAUUUAAAAGAAACAAAA